UUCAAAUUUGUCACUCUUGUAGUAAAAUAAAAAUGUUUUGCAAUUUAUUUAAUCGAAAUUAAUGUUUUUACAUUUUAUUUAGUGUAAUGGCUAUAUUCGAAAAAUCAUUUCAGACCAGACCUAUUAUAGAUGAUACGGAUAAGCUUGUUUGUACAUUAGAAAAUGCACAAAAUAUCAAUAAACACACAGAGUAUGUGUUGCGUGUACAACGAGGGCAUUGCAAAGAAAAUAAGUGGACAGUGUCCCGGCGUUACAGGGAUUUUGCUGCUCUACAAAUAAAUCUUCAACAGGCUAAUAUUGACCUUCCGUUGCCUCCGAAGAAACUUAUAGGCAAUAUGCAACCUUCUUUUGUGGCUGAAAGACAAAUAGCAUUACAAAAUUACAUAUCUGAGGUGCUGAAACAUCAGAUACUUGCAUUAUCAUUACCAGUGAGAAGCUUUUUGGACCCCUCUAAUUAUUCAAUGUCAAUAGCAGAGCAGGCUCUCCAAACAGUAUCAAUAGCAUUGAGAGGUGAUGGCCAUUAUGAAUUGAAAGGACCUUUGACUAAUAUAAAUUGGAGGAUACGGAAACACUAUUUUUCUGUUAUUGACUCAGAGAAAACGAAUUGUGUACUCGCGUGGCAGAGUUAUGGACCAGAUAAGCAUUUACAGAGUAAGGAUUUACAAAGCGCAUUUAAAAGUUUACAAAGUAUAUCUCACCCUUACAUAGAUGAAGUAUUAACGAUACACACACUGGAGACAGGCGCGUAUGUAGUGAGACGGUUACACGAUAAUGGUACAGUGAGAGAUCUGCUAUACGGCACAGACUAUAGCAAGAGUUAUUUAGCGAAGUAUGGCAACCCGAAAAUAAGGAAGCCAUUCACGACGGGACAAAUUGCGCAUUAUGGAUAUCAAAUUUUACAAGCUUUAAAAUUUUUACAUGAUAAGGGUUUGCCGCAUGGCCACCUACACCCAGGGAACGUAGCAAUAUUAAACCAAAGAGCUGUUUUAUUAGAUGUUGAGAACAUUCUUAUGGGUGUGCCCAGCCUAUACCGACCAUUUCUCGUGCAAAUGAAGCACACUUCACCCGAAUCCAUUGAUGUGUAUAGCUUUGGAAGGACGCUGUAUGAAAUGGCGUUCGCGGAGACGUUGGAUAGCUGUUACUGUGAUAAUUUUGGGGAGAUAUACGAUGAAUUGGAAUCCGUACUCCACCUCACCCUUUCAACCUCAUCCUGGAAGCAAGGUGGGGUCUCCUUAGAAGAGCUGCAGCAUCACAGCUUCUUCAACCGCGCCAACGGGCUGGCCAACGUCAACGUGCGGGGGCACUUGAAGUUCCCUCUCCCUCUCAAAGAGGAGAUACGAGCGGCGGUGGAUGCUGUGCACGCGAGGUUGGAGAGUGAUCAGAAAUUGGCAAGGAGAUCUCGGAGAGAAGUUAGGAUACAGGAAAUACUCGGGUCAGAAGAGGAAAUGAGGAAGCAGAGGAGAAGAGCGAGGAAACGCGACAGCAUAUGGAAGUCGACGUCGUCGCUGGCGGACACGGUGCGCUCGCACUCGCCGCACUCGCCGCACUCGCCCAGCACCGCGUCCUCGCCCACUCCACCGCAUACCACUGUUGGCGACACAAGCACAUCACCGCACUCGACCGGCGACGGGCGCGGUGCGCUGCUUCAAGCGAUUUGCUCUUUCGACAAGAAAUCUCUUGCGCGAGUUAACUCGCAUUAAAUUGAAUCUUAUACUAUCAUCGGUUGUUUAUUUGGUGAGGCGUAUUUAUACUGUACUAGCGUUCCGCCCUGGCUUCGUCCAUAGUAUACAUAUAGCUAUAGCCUUUAGGGAUCACGGACAUAGCUAACGGAAUUUUUGAAAUCGGUCCCCUAAGAGCGCGUUCAAACAGACAAAUAAACUAUUAGCUUUAUAUUAUUUGACAUUUAGCGCAUUAUCUCCAAACUGAUUAUACCAUAACACAUAAAGAUUCAAAUUCAUGGCUAUUCAACACCCAGUCUUCUAAUAUAAUUAUAAUAUUUUAAUGCAGAUCAAACUCUCGGUACAUUAGAGCAGGCUGCUGUAUAUUUUAUGAAUCAUUUUCUCAUGUAAGGGUACAGAUAAAUACUAUCAAAAAAUAUUUAUAAUAUAGUUUUAAGUGGCCGUGAGGUCGCCACGUUAUGAUCAAGGACGCGGAUUUGAAUUCCGGCUCAUGAUAAAAAUUCAUUUAUAAAGCAUUUAAAUGCUCUAAGACUAUAAAUUAAAAGAUAUAAUUUUUUGCUAAUAUCAAAUAAAGAAUUAUGUUAGUACGCUUUACCAAGUGAGGAAUCGAUGGUAACCCAGCUGUGUCGUAAGAUAUGAAGGGCCUCUCGAAUAUGGCAAUACAGUAUUGUACUGAAAUUAUUUUAGCAGCCAUAUGUAAAAGAAUAGGAAAUUUACAUUCCUACAAUUAGCUUAAUUUGUUUUUUGUGAAAAAUGUUGAAACGAGUUGGAAUUAAUUCUACUUAAAGAUAUGAAUAAUAACGUUAUAUUAUAAAUACUUAUUUAUAUGAUCUUGAUCCUGACUAUAUAGUAGCUUGGAAAAUAUAUAAUAAUAGAUUUUUUAGUUAUGAUACAUUCUCAUAUGGUUUUUUUUAUAGCAAUAUAAUGUAACAAACACCAGAGUUAUUAUGCAUAUAUAUAUAUAUGAAAAAUAAUGUAAAUUGUAUUAUUGAUGUAUUAUAUAAAAUUUUAGCAGAUAUUCUGUACAUAACAUGAAUUUAAUAAAUCAUCUCAUAUGAUAGAUUUCGAUUUUAGAGUCACUUGCGUUAACUGUGCAAUUAGAAAUUGUUUUGUACAUUUUUACAUUAUACCAGUCUGUAUUCGGCUAUAGUUUAGUCAUAAAACAUAGCUUACGUCCAUACAGUAAUCAAAAAAUAUCCGGAUAUAUUUAUACUUAUAUAUUUUUACCCGACUGCGCCAAAAAGGAGGGUUAUACCGUCGUAUAUAUUUGAGUUUGUACUCAUAUUGCAACGUUCUCCAGUGUUCACUUUAAAGUGUCAUAUAUAUCUUAAUUGAGAAAAUACCUCCUGGCAAAAACAUAAAUAUGGCUUUUCGUGCCAAAUUGUGUAUCUUAAGUUCAUUAUUUCAAUAAUUACUAGUUAUUUUUUAAUGAAAUAUGUUAUUCAUGAGUACAAGGCAAAUCAAUUUUGUCGAAUUAAUAAAAUCGAACAAACAUUACUUCGAUACGUAUUAUGGUUAUUAGUUUUAAGUCAAAAUGUUAAUUUUGCAUUUGUGUGCUAAACUAAUAAAUUGACAGUAUUAUGUGUUCUGGAGCGGAUUGGCAAAUUCAUUGCAACUAGUUAAAUCAUUUUGAUUUUAUGAUCUGUUAAAUAAUGCAUACAUCCGUCUGAAUGUAGCGACGCUCUUUUCUUUAUUUCUACAAUGUCACUGACUGCGACUAUCAUUGAAUUAACAUUGUGACAUUUUUUGACUCCUCCUCUUAUUUGCACCAGAUCUUCUGCUGUUCUGAAGAUCGCAGAUAUAAAAAUAAGCACACAAAUGCAAUCUCAUAGGUCCAUAGAUUUAAUAUAUAAAAUGAUAUUUAAUGAUCUUAUUACAUACAAAAAUUAACGUGUAAACUGUAUAGUGAUAUUAUGACUGGUCACUUAAUUUAAUUACAUCUAUUAUGAAUUUAUUUUUUGUUAUUAAGAUUCAUAUUUAAUUUUAGGUUUAAGGAACAUAAA